UCGGAGUUUCCUGGUCUUGGACUUUUUAGUUGGCUGUUAAAAUGAGAUGUUUUAACAAUUAAAGGCACGUGUUUAUGAUAGACACAAACACAGGUAAUAAUGUUAUCGGAAUAGCAUCGUUAAGAUUGACAAGCUUUGAAACAACUCCAGCAGAUGCGCGCAGACAUACAACCUAAACAGAACACAUCAACACGCGUUUCGUUCUGAAAAACAAAUCUUUAGACAUUUAGCACAGGAACGUUGCUGGCUAGCAUCCCAGAAGCUAAUGAUCACAUUCACCGGCAAGUCAGUCAAGCUAACUUCUACAGUUGUAGUUAUCAACGUUUAGGAACGUAAAUUAAAUAAAACUAUUUAAACUAAUUUAGUCAAUGAGGGACAAGCAUCAGUGUCUGAAAAAUCUGAUGGAUGGCUGCAACGGCAAAGGCCCGGGAGUAACCGGCUAACUCAGUAAACGACACUAAAAUCACCUAAAUGCGACUAAAUCACCACAAUAACACACAGAGAGUGCAGCUGAUAGGUCAGUGUACAGUAACACACGUUUUGUUCAUUAAUGUGAACAAGGAUGAGAGCGGAUUUAGUCUGGUUUCUGUACACAGAGAUGUAAUUCAGCACCUACCAUCUUGGAGGCUAGUAGAAAGAGGAACGGGAUUUGGAAACAACGCGAUUUUGUGCGAGACUAGGCCACUGACAUGUGCAGGGGAAAACCACAGCGCCGCCUGGUGGUAGAUAGCGGACACUGGCAGCAAGUUGAACAAAAUAAAAUAAACACUGCAUCCCUUCUGCGGUUUUUACUAUGACAGCUGAUUUAUCCACCCCCUGUUCUGUUAACAUUGUCCUGACCUUCCUUUUCUCUCUUUUCUUUUAGAACAUGACUUUCACAUACUGUCAAUGAACAUCAUCAAAAAACAAAUUAAAUGAAAUCAAAACAUGGCAUAAAACGUUUAGGCUGUAUUAUCUUUUGUAUGUCACCUAGCUGUGAUGUUGUUGUGUUGAUCUUUUGACAUCUAAAUUAACAUUCAAUAAAAUAAAUUAGCUUUCAUGAAAUGUUUCAUUUGUUACUUGUGGAAAAAUCAUUGCACUGUUUUAAUUACUAAACAGUUUAUUCAAAAUGAUGCCAAGCGCAGCAUCCCACGAGGGUUUAUCAUGGACACUUGUGUUUUGUUGCUGUUGUCAACCCAGAGGUAGCUUAUGUGCACAUGGUUGUGCCAUACUGUAGAGUCCUGUGUGAGCCUGUCAACCUGCUGUGAUAGUGCAUCAGAGACAUAGUCAAGGAAGGUCUGUUAUUCAAAUUUUGAAAUUACAGAGUGUAUCUUCUCAUUGGUCUAAGUCUCACUGUGAGAAGAGUUUAGUAUCAAACCUUCUCCAGCCUCUGACGGCUGCAUCAGUAUCCACUGGAAAUGAUAUCAAACAUUGUCAGAUUUGUAAGUAAAACCCUCUGAGUUUAUUUCUCAGAAAUGUUUUAUGUCACAGUUCAUAGGUUACACGCUUAAAGCCAAGUUACUUUUCUUAGAUACUGAAUUUCCUUGUUUAUCUAAAAUUCUGGAAUUCUGACAGAGUUUAACAAACAAUUUCGCCCAAUAACCAAAGUCCUGUUGAUAUCAGAAGAUAAAUUUAGUUUUUUCAGCCCACUGCUUUUAAACAACAGACCGAUGAGCAGAUGUGGGUCAAAACCAGGGCUCAGAUUCCUGUUAAUAUAAAGGAAGCUGUGAUUCUUUAUUUAAUGAUCAUUUCUUACAGAAUGUGACAUUAAGUUCCUUAUUGUGUUACACACAUUAUCUUAUCAUCUUAGAGUCUUCAGCUGUUGCUGCGUUAAGUCGUGACUUUAAACGUGAGGUGUGCUUCUGGCUGUGGAGAGCUCUGUCUGAGCUGACGUCUCUGUUUAAACUGAAGUAAACCACCUCUGAAGGGCUUGCUUGUUGUGAUUCUUGGAGCUGUAAUGUCAAGGGGGUGAUUGAGCUCUCCUCCAAUCAAAUGCUUUCUGUCCCCCUUGGCACUGGACACAUGGAGCAGAGCCAUCGCUCUCCUCCUCAGCUCACAUUCACCCGGGGACGUGUUCGCCAGGUUUUCUGAAGCUGACAUCUUGGUUUUACGGGCUUUUUUCUUCACAUUCAGGUAAAACACCAUCAUAUUUCCACAUAAUUAUCACUCAGAUUACUGCAUUUAGAAAGUUGGUGUUGUUUUUGUUGCUUUGGUGCUAAUUCCUGCUUCUUUCGGAGCAAAAUAUUAACUGAUUUGCUCCCAAAUGUUCACUGUGCUGACCGUUCUGCUGUUUCUGUGGUGGGUUUUUUGUUUGUCUCAAUCUAGAAGUUUUGCUGUCAAACACUAAGCAGAUUUCCAAACAGCAGCUUCUUCUGUGUUUUCUCCCGUUUUUAACCCCGAGAGGCCCGAUCUCCUGGUGAUGGCAGACCUGACUCACAGAUGCCAUGGCAACUUUCCACAAAGACGAGCCAUCCCGUUUCCACAGGGACUCAGGUGCAGAGCUCGUCUGGCACAGGAGGCCACGUCAUCAGAGACGGGUCCAAAUCUGAGUCCAGAGAACGAGCCAAACUGGUGUUGCAAUGGGAAACCCGGAGCAGCCUUUCCACCAUCAGGAAAACGAGAACAGCAGCCUGGUAAAAGUGUCCAAGAUUUACUGAAGAGAACCAGGAUUCACCCAGAGGCCCAGAGGAUUCUGGGUAAUUCCUCCAUCGCUGUGGUGAGCCUGGAACGUCUCAACUUCCAGACUGUGUCCUUGUUAUCUCUGCAGCCUGUUGUGUCAUUGGUCCGACUGCCAUCUCAAACACAAACCGAGCACCAACACGAUCAGGAUUUAAAGCAUCAUCAGCAGCAGAACGGAUUCAGACCAAAAGACAUUCUGGAAUUAAAAGAAGUUUCACUCGAUGCCGAGUCAGCAGAAGCAGCUGAUUGGGAUCAGACAGGAGCAACAUCUUGGACUGAGCUGUAUCAUUCAGAAAGCGCUUCGUUUGGAGAACCAGAACAAGAUUCUGGCUUUGACUGUGAAUCCAAUCCAGAUCAGUCCUACAUCCUGUUUGCUUCAGGAUCAGAGGAUGGGAAAAGCGAUUCAGAAACAUUCUAUUUGGAUCCGGAUGCAGAACAGGCUGUGCUGUUUGAACUGGACCCAGAAGUUGAAGCAGAACAGGGUCAUCUUCUGGGGCUGGAGGAUGAGUCUGAGGUAGUUGAAGUGGAUCACGGCGAAGAUCAAAGUCUGGAGCUGGAGUGUGAAGCGAGAGCAGAACCUGAACAGAGUGAGAGUGAAGAUUUUUGUGCCGUUUGUCUGAAUGGAGGAGAUCUUCUCUGCUGUGAUCGCUGCCCAAAGGUUUACCAUCUGUCCUGUCAUGUCCCUCGUCUCACCAGCUUCCCUCUAGGCGACUGGGUGUGCACGCUGUGUCGGUCGGACCAGGAGCCUCCACAGGCCUACGACUGUGAGAACACACACCCCGGUGGAACCGUAAAAGUGCCUUACACACUCUCCCAUCAGGACCAGAGGAGGUGUGAGAAGUUGUCCCUGUUGUUGUACUGUCACACACUCAGCGCUCCUUUCCACGAACCCGUCAGCCCACUGGCCCGGAACUACUACCAGAUCAUCAAGAAGCCCAUUGAUCUAUCAGUCAUCCGACGGAAACUAGACAGGAGCAACACUCUCCAUUACUUCUCAUCAGAGCAGUUUGUUGACGAUGUCCUGCUGAUGUUUAAAAACUGUGCCAAGUUUAAUUAUCCGGACUCGGAGGUGGCCCAUGCUGGCCGGAACCUUGAGAUGUUUUUCUUGAGUAAACUGAAGGAGAUUUUUCCUGACCAGACGUUUCCAUCAGCCACUCAGAACAGAACGGACAGAGCUCGGCUCCAGUGGUUCAGGAGGAAGAGAAGAAAUGUCUUUAGUGGGAAGAAAUAUUACCUAUAAACACAGAAGGCAGUUUGGCAGUUGGUCAAGCUAAUGAAAUGGAAGCUUUCAAAUGUAACCCUCCCACUGUCCUAAUGGGUGUGACCCCGCAAGGAAAGUUGACUAUUGAGCAGGGUUGAUGGUUUAUCCCUUGAGGUCCACUGCCACGUGGACCUCAAGGGAUAAACCAUCAACCCUGCUCAAAGGUCAACUUUCCUUGCGGGGUCACCCAUAAAGACAGUGGGAGGGUUAAGAAACUUGUCAAACUCAAAGUAUUUAGUGAGCAAUUUCAGGUUAUUUCCUUUUUAGAAUAAAAUCAAUCAUAUGUUGUUCUUGGCUAUUAUUUUGAAAAAAUCUUUCAUGAAACAUAAUUUUCCUCACCACUUGGGUAGAGGGUAGAAAUGCUUUGUAAAUACAUUUCUGGGGGUUGGGGGCGAGGACGUGUGUGGCUGGUCUUUGGCUGAGCAGUUGGGAGGGAGGAGGGCCCUUUUGGGGAGUGUUGUGACAUGGUCAUCAGUGCUGUCCAUGACAGCUUUUCAUUGUCUCACUACUCUUGUGGUUCUAACCAUCAACAUAUAUACUGGACAAUUUAUGUCCAUAGGCUUGAAUUGUAGAGUUUUGUUUCCAAAUGGGAGGUUCUCUCCACUGCCAUUUUGAUAGUGUCACACAUCCCGUCACGUCCAGACAAUCCAAAAAUGGGAAAAGAGGAGGGACUCAGGGUGGGGCUGUUACGGUUGGAACAAAUGAACCAAGAAGCUAAGAAGGGGCUCCCGGGACUGGGAUGUCCCACCCGCAUGGCCGACUGGCUCCCGUGCGAGGCUGUAGUCAUGCUGGUUGCCUGUGGAGAUCUAAUAUGGCAACACAUUCUCACACCUGAAGCUUCGAAAAAUGACGUUGGGUGACCAAUCAUUUGUUUCCGACAUGUUGGGAGUCUCCGUUUUACCAUGGCAGUCGGAAAAUGACGCUCUGGCAUAGCGCGUCACCUCCUGACAUGCUGGGGCUCCCGACGUGUCGAAAACAAAUGUUCGGUCACCCAGCGUCAUUUUUUGACGCUUCGGGUGUGAGAAUGUGUUGAAUAUGGACUGAGACUGUUGAAUUACAAGCAGAACCUUUGACCACUGUGAUCGUAGUUGGGUGCCGUGGCCUUUUACAUCAGCUCUUCCGCCAUGGUCAGAGAUCAGAUUAGAGAUUAGUUAUACGCUAACCCAAAGCUAACCAAGGUUUUCCGGUGGUUUUUAGCAAGAAAAAUGCAGUAGAGUAACUUCAAAUUGAACGCACUUCCGGCCUGCUUAGUAACAAAAUCAUAAUUAGGUAAGCUGACUGAGGAUUUCAGGCUUCGCUGGUCCACCGCUGUCAAAGAUCCUUGAGUCCGCCGCUGUGUCGACAUCCCACGGAGCUGAGAGUCAAGUCGACAAUGGCGAGCACGUGGAUCAAAGCCCGAUAGCCUCCACUAUCCUUGUUCAGAUAUGUAGCUCCAUUUUUUUUAACCAGCAGCCACACUAACACGUUAUAUUUCAACCCAUUUUAGACCAAGCGGUGUUACGGUAAACUCACAGAAUUUCCCUCCAUUCAACCAGCAAACUGUUAGUGAGAAAAAUGCGGUUGAGCGACUCAAAAGUGAAGCAGCUGCGGCAUUUCUGUGGUCUCCCUCAGAGAUCCACCAAUGACCAGCAUGAUUACAGCCUCGCUGGCCCAGGCAACGGGAACAGCCAGCCGCCUGCUCUAGCAACCGUUCUCAGGCAGGAGACAAGAGAAGUUUUCUUCCACAACUAUGGCAAGCCUCAAGGACAAUAAACACCAAUUACAGUACAACAGUCUCUUCACUUUCAGGUUUUUCUUCUAUAGCUCUAGAUUCCAACGUGUCACACACACCGUAAGCAGUCUGGUCAUAGCCACGCAUCAGGUCGAACAAUGUGAGAACAUGAUUUGUGAAAUGUGUGUAAAUCAUUGAAUGUUUAGUCAUGCAGUGUGAGCUGGAGGCCUACACAAAAACUGAAAAUAUCAGGCAGUUUCUGCUCUGCUUUCCCACGUCUCCUCUGGAAGAGCCUGACUAGUGUUUUCCCUCUAAGUCAGGGGUCUGAAAUCGAGCAUGUUUUAGUUGUUUCCUUGCUCUAACACACCUGAUUUCAAUCUGCAGGUGAUUAUCAGGCUGAACAUGUGAUUCGGUCAUUGAAUGAAUUGGAGCAGGGACACAAGUAAAACAUGUUGGAUUGGGUGGCAGAGUUUGAGACUCGUGAUCUAAGUAGUUCAUUGUUGGGCUCUGUACUACUGGGAUGCAUCCUUGCAUGUGAGUUGCUUUGGAUAAAAGCAUCAGCCAAAUACACAAACAUUAUUUAAAUGGAUCUUCCUGUUGGCUGGAGCUGGAGUCCCCCUUUGUGGGUAGCUGCUGUAUCCGUUCCUGUUCCUGGUUGGUACAUGCCAUGUUUUAUGUGUUUGUUUUCACUUUUACUGCUGAAUAAAUCGCCCCCUCCAUCA